AGCAGCACCAAGCAGCUGCAGCAUCAUUAUGAAAGAGUCUGGCUCAUUCUCAGCCAAUGAGACGCGAGGAGUCGAACCUUCCUGUUCCUGCAGGAGGUGGAGAAGCUCUUCUCUCUCACUCCUCCUCCAUCAGAGGUUGGAGCAGCGGAGCUCCAAACCUCCUCAGAUCAGCAGCUGAGCGGAAAGCAGCGGCUCCUAAUUUAUUGCACCAUGAAGCUGCGCUCCUUUGCGCGCCUGGCGCUGUCCUUUGCGCAUGUUUGCUUCCUCUGCUGCUUUCUGGACGCAGUUUGCGCUCAGGAAGCGGCUGAGUCCGAUGCGCUCCGCAGGGGGUUGACAUGGCAGCACAACGGGCAGGUCUUCAGCAUCCUGAGCCGCGGGGCCCAGUACAGACCCACCGGGAGGCGGCAGAGCGGCUCCCCGCGCCGCAGCGACCCGGUCCUGGUCCUCAGCAGCGCCAACGACACGGCGGCGGGCGCCGCGUCCCGGGGGGCGCCGCGGGUCCCCGCCGCCAGCGGCUCCGCGCAGCUCCGCGUCAUGGCGCGCCAGCAGCCGCGGGCCGCGGGGGAAGGCGGCUCUGCUCCGGCCAACAGGGAGGACGGGAUGGUCGGAGAUGACCCCUAUAACCCCUACAAGCGCCACGGCUACGACCCCUACUACAACUACUUUGACACGUACCACAGACCCAGACCGCAGGCCCAGGCCCGGCCCGGAUACGGAACCCGCUACCACCAGAACGGUCUGCCGGAUCUGGUUCCGGAUCCGUAUUACAUCCAGAUCGCCUCCUACGUCCAGCAGUCGCCCAUGUACAACCUGCGCUGCGCUGCUGAGGAGAACUGCCUCGCCUCCUCGGCUCGCUACGCUGCAGAUUAUGACACCAGAGUUUUGCUGCGGUUCACUCAGCGGGUGAAGAAUCAGGGGACGGCCGACUUCCUGCCCAGCAGACCCCGAUACGCCUGGGAGUGGCACAGCUGCCACAAUCACUUUCACAGCAUGGAUGAGUUCAGCCUGUACGAGCUGCUGGACGCUCGGACCCACAGCCACGUCGCCGAGGGCCACAAGGCCAGCUUCUGCCUGGAGGACACGUCCUGCGACCCGGGAUACUACCGCCGCUACGCCUGCACCUCACACACACAGGGUUUGAGUCCCGGAUGUUACGAUACCUACAGCGCCGACAUCGACUGCCAGUGGAUCGACAUCACCGACGUCUCGCCUGGAAAAUACAUCCUGAAGGUGACGGUGAAUCCCAGGCAGCAGGUUCCAGAGUCCAACUUCAACAACAACGUGGCUCGCUGUGACGUUCACUACACGGGCAACGCGGCACACAUCUCUGGAUGCAGCCUGACGGGGUAUUGAGAAAAAUCCUUCAAAUGAGCCUGAAGAAAAAGUCAAAGGUCGAAGUUCAUGAAGUUAAAGUUACACUUUGUUUACAUGAGACCCAGAAUAUUCAUUCAUAAGCAAACACCUGAAGCAGAGAGGCGACACGGUUCCACAGCAGAGGCCCGGUUCUUACUGGACUCUGUUCUGGUUCCUCUCAUGGGUUCUGUAUUACCUCACAGCUGGACUUACUGGUUUCCUGCUUCUCCUUCUUCUUCUUUUUCUUCUUCUUCUUCUUCCCUCACAGGUUUUAUAUUCACGGCUUUUACUGAUGGAAGCUCAUUAUUUAGACUGCAAAUGAAAAACUUUUAUGGCAGAAAUGAAGAUUAAUACAAAGCUUAAAAACUAUUAUUGAAUCUAGUUUUUUCUUAGUCCCAGGGAAAUAUGAACGUUUUCUCACAGUUCACAAAUAUUUUCUUCAAAUCUUUUAUUUCAAAGAACAAAAAAACAAAAAAAAACCCAACUUUCCUUCAUUACACAAAGACUUUUUAUCUGCAUGUUUUUUCUUGCUUUUUAUAUAAAACAUUUAUGAUGUUUAAUUUAAUCAUUUAAAAUAAUUUCUUGAUAUUUUACAGGAAGCUGACUCAAACUUUAAUAUUCCCUUUAUGGUGAUAAAGAACAGAAACCAGGUUUUCCCUCUGUGCCUUUUUAUUUCUGUUAAGAAAGAACUGAAGUCAGAUUUCUGUGUGUGUGUGUGUGUGUGUGUGUGUGUGUGUGUGUGUGUGUGUGUGUGUGUGUGUGUGUGUGUGUGUGUUUUCUGCUGUGGAGUGUGUGUUUGCCUGUACACACACGAGCCAGCUGGGCUGUGAACGGAUGAGCUCCCAGUGUUUUUGCUCCCAGUGUUUUCUUCCAUCGCUGCUUCAAUAAAUUUGGCUUAAACAUGA